AUGGCAUCUAAAGAGUCCGCCGACAACAACCCAGGUCUCCAAACUUCGCCGGAUGAGGCCACCAAAGGCUAUUUCUUGCAGCAAACUAUGCUUCGGGUAAAAGACCCGAAAGUCAGUCUCGAUUUCUACUCUAGGAUCAUGGGCAUGUCCUUGCUCAAACGGUUGGAUUUUCCAGAGAUGAAGUUUACCCUAUACUUUUUGGGAUAUGAGGAUACAUCAAAAGCUCCUGGUGAUCCUGUUGAGCGCACUUCGUGGACUUUCGGUCAGAAAGCUGUUCUCGAGCUUACACAUAAUUGGGGGACUGAAAAUGAUCCUGAUUUCAAGAAUUAUCACAAUGGGAACUCAGAACCCCGUGGUUUUGGACACAUAGGUAUCACUGUUGAUGAUGUGCACAAGGCAUGCAAGAGAUUUGAGAGUUUGGGAGUUGAAUUUGUCAAAAAACCUGAGGAUGGAAAGAUUAAGGACAUUGCAUUCAUCAAGGAUCCUGAUGGCUACUGGAUUGAAAUAUUUGACACUACAACAAUAGCCAAAUCAACUGCUAAUGCUGCUGUUUGA